AUGGGCAGAAGCUGGUGCUCCUUGGGACAGCUGCCAUCGGGGGAAGGAUAUGACUUUGCUCAUACUGCCAUGGUCAUUCACUGGGGGACCAGAUGGGGCAUCAGCCAGUUCCUUCAAGCUACAGGGCGUGCGGCGCGGGGUGCUGGGGAGAUUGGCUGGUCAUAUGCCAUCAUCCCCCCCCUCUCUCAGCCAUUCCCAGCGCCGGCGGAUCUGGAGGAACAGUUUUUCCAUGAGUAUCUGCAGGCACAGGUCUGCCGGCGGUCCCUAAUCAAUAGGGAAUUCAAUGGUCGGGCUACCCAGGGGUGUUUGGCGCAUGAGAAGGCCUGUGACCUCUGUCAGGUCAGGCAGGAGGAGCUUCACAUGGUCUCUGCUAGGGCUAGGGAGGCCCUUGGGGAUGGGGAAGGCCUCAGGCUGAAGCUGAAGGCAUACAUUAAGUUUUUUGAGUAUGGUAUCUGCCUCUAUUGCUUUCUGAUGACCCAAAUAAACCCAUCCCAGCCAGGAAUGGAUUAUCAUCACCAUCAUCAGCAAUGUACUCAUGCCCAAUCUCUAAUUUCCAGCUUCAACAAGCAUCGCCACCAGUUCCACUUUGAGCCUCAUGGGGGAUGCUUUCUCUGCCUACUUCCUACCAGAGCCUGUGGAAAUAGCACUAGAGAUGGAGAUCAAUGCUUUU